GUCGUUUGCCUAAAAGAGAAUACGGCCUUCUUCUGUUUGAACGUGACCUUGCUAAAAGAAAUCUCAGAGUUGCAAAUUACCGGCUAUCCGACGAGAGACGACGGCAAAGAGAUCAGGGAAGAUAUGGAGCUAAGGAAACUGCAAUUCAGCAAAACAACAUGGAACAUGUACACGAGGAAGUGUACCAGUCAAGCCGACUGAACUCGAAAUAUUCGAAAUUACCCUUGGAUCAUCACACUAGUGGAGCGGAAAACAUGGAAGAAUAUAAUCAUCUUUGCAAUAACACAAAUCACCUUAGCGAUAGCCAAGAAAGUAACUCUGAAGAAGAGGUCAAGCAUGGAAUUAAGGACGCCAAUAAUUACGUUAACAGUUUUAAUGACAAUAACGACUUUGGUGAUGAUGAUGAUGACGACAACGAUGACGACUGUGCUACCAAUUUUGGCGUCUUUGCUAAGAAAUGCAAAGUUCAAGCCCACCCAUUUCCAAAUGCAGAAAAAACACCUGUAGGGUCAGAAGAAACCGCGGAAUCCCUGACCGAAGAAUUAAACGCAAGCUUGCGAUUUGACUCACAGUACAGCAUUGACGAGGACACGGGCAACUCUUGUGCUGAGAACAAUGAUGGAAGCCUAGCCAGUAGCAACAGUAUCAGCAGCAAUAAUGAUACUUCUUGUGAAAAUUCCGACACCAGAAGUGAAAAGGGAAAAGCAAAAGACGCCCAGAAAACUAGCAGUUAUGAAAAAGAGAAUAAUGCAGAGCUUUCAGGGGAAAGAAACGGUAACGUUACAAGUCAAGGAGCAAGACCAAAGAAUCGUCCACAGAAUCCAACCACGUUCAACGCAUUUGAAACAAACUAUCAUGAUGAGAAGAUACCAUCCUUAGAGACAACUGGUAUUAAUCAAAAUUUUCUCGCCCGGCACUCCACAGAUCCGAGUCUUCCGCACAGCUCGUUUGCAGAAAGUUAUGACAUGCGAGCUUGCAACAAUUAUUCAAACGAUUGGACCCAACAUUCUAUAACCAGUAAUAGCAGCUCCUCCUCACUUUCGAACCUCCCCCGUUCGCUGGGUCCGGAGAUAGGUGGGUUGAUGCGAGAGGACACACAAUCCAGGGGGGUGAGUUCACGGUACAGAGAUCCAAUGCCAGUGAUUUACCAAGCUAUGACACCAGUGAUGGGGCAGUUCCCCAGCGCCAGUGGCUUCAGCCGCGACGUUGACCUGUUUAACUGGAAUGGAGAUCUGCAACGUAACAAUCAUCAAACGAGCUUUUCAAGUUUUUGUGACUUUAUUGCGGGAAAUGGCACUCAGACAGCGUCACCUUCACCUGGAGUCAGCCCAUUGGCGCCCGCUGUGAGAUAUCCAGCAGUUACCACACCAAAUUACAGGAUAAAUUUUCCUUCCAUAGACUCACAAUUUUCCUCAAGUGCGAUGUCAGGAAGUGUAGCUCCAGUUACUUCCACCUAUGAUGGGUCAAGUAGUUACGGACGAGAACGAGUUGGGAACUUCAGCAGAUGCAGGCCCUACUAUAGAGAUGACCAAAUAAAUAGUGGUUUGACCACACCAGAAAUUUUUUAUCCAGAGAGACGAGAAGAAAGCUUGAGGAACCAUGAGCUUUUCAAUAAUCAACAGGAGGGUUCAUUUGCUUCAGUAUCGCCUAGGGACCCUUCACUGGUUUCUUUAGAACAAAGAGUAGCUGAAAUCGAUAGAAUUCUUAAAGAACGAGAAGAACGAACCAAAAGACAGAGAGAGGCGGCACAAAGACAUAGGGAGAUAAGGGAAAAGAGGCAAAGAGAGGCAAGAGAAAGGAAAGGGAGAGAACAAAGGAAAAUGAGAGAACAAGACGAGAGAGAAAGAAAAGAGAGGGAACAGAGAGAAAUAAGAGAAAGAGAAGAAAGAGAAAUAAGAGAGAGGGAAGAAAUAGAAAAUAGAGAGAGAAUGGAAAGAGAAUUGGAAGAGAGAAGAGAACGGGAAACAAGGAUAAGAGAAGACAGGAUUGCAGAUGAGAGCCUUCCCCUCCAAGAGACUCCACUGUGGCAGUGUGAACAUUACCAGCGGAGAUGCAGUGUCAAGUUUCCAUGUUGCGGAGUGUUUUAUCCGUGCCACCGCUGUCACAAUUUAUCGGGGACAUGCCCUGCUGAUGAUAAGAAGGCACAUCAUGCGACGCAUGUCAAGUGCGGAAAUUGCGGAAUCGAAGGAGAGAUAAAUGAAGGAAGUCAAACCUGUAGAAGUUGUGGCUUAAAAUUGUCAGAAUAUUUCUGCCCAAAGUGUAAGCAUUUUACAGGAGUUGACAAGAACCCUUUUCACUGCGAGAAGUGCGAAAUCUGCCGCAUUUACAAGGACAGAUCUUUUCACUGCGAUGUGUGCAAUGUUUGCCUGGACAAGCGACUGGAAGGAAAACACAAAUGCCGGCCAAACUCAGGGCAUGACGAGUGUUGCAUUUGCUUGGAGGACGCGUUCAGCGGAUGUCAGAUCCUGCCAUGCUCUCACAAGGUUCACAGGGAGUGUGCCAUUGCAAUGAUACAGAAUGGCGUACGUAAUUGCCCAAUAUGCCGCCACCCUCUGUAUGGUCAGCUCCAGCAGUAACUUCUUUGACCAUCGAAACAGAGUGAUCCAAGCCAAUUCAAGAUGGCGAACUUAAACUAGAAUUCUUCACUAGGGAGUGCCAGUUUAAAUAUUAGCACCAACAAAUGUGUACUAAUAACUGUUACUAAUUAGUUUAAAAAAGUGAGAAAAACGCGUUUAAUUAAUUAUUUUGUACUC